UUAAUACUUAUUAUAACUGUAAUAAAAGAGUUUGUAUGCAACGGUUCAUCUAUUUCUUAUUAGUUAUACUUCUAAGUUAAUUAAACAGAGCAAAAAAAUGUCCUUCGUGAAAUGCUGCUUUGAAGUUGGUGAAGCCCAUGACUUCUUCGACACAUUAGCGCAAAAGUGCACAGAUCCUGGAUGUUGCUGCGGCUGCUGCUCGGCGCUCCGGCCGCGCUACAAGCGGCUGGUCGACAACAUCUUCCCCGCCUCCCCGCAGGAUGGGCUCGUCAAGACCAACAUGGAGAAGCUCAUGUUCUACUCGCUGUCCAGCCCGGAGAAGCUGGACAGGAUCGGCGAGUUCCUGUUCCAGAAGGUGUCGAGGGAUAUCUAUAGAAGGCGGCAUGGCUACGUGAUAAUCGCCGCCGAGGCCAUGGACCAACUCCUGCUGGCGUGCCACGCGCAGACGCUCAACCUGUUCGUGGAGAGCUUCCUCAAGAUGGUGCAGAAGCUUCUAGAGUCCACCGACCCACAGUUGCAAAUACUGGCCACUCAGAGCUUCGUCCGCUUCGCAAACAUCGAAGAGGACACGCCGUCCUACCACCGGCGGUACGACUUCUUCGUGUCCAAGUUCUCGUCCAUGUGCCACAGCAACCACAGCGACAAGAAAAUGAGGGACAGGAUACGGCUGGCUGGGAUUCAGGGGUUGCAGGGAGUUAUAAGAAAAACGGUAUCUGACGACUUAGUGGAGAACAUUUGGGAGGCUCAACACAUGGACAAGAUUGUACCCUCAUUGCUGUACAAUAUUCAGACCGCAGAAAAGUACAUAACAGUGGAAUGCCUCGAACCCGAGUCCUCGGAAGUGGAGGAACCCUCUCGUCUGGCCGAGGCGUGUCUGCGCGAGCUGGUGGGCCGCGCCUCCUUCGGACACAUCCGGAGUGUGCUACGACCUGUGCUCACACACUUCGACCGGCACGAGUUGUGGGUGCCGAACGACUUUGCGGUUCACGUGUUCAAGAUCAUCAUGUAUUCCAUACAGGCGCAAUACUCGUACAGCGUAGUAGAAGCGCUAAUGCUGCACCUAGAAUCGCGGGCGGGUUGCGGCGCGGGCGCGGGCGGGGUGCGAGCCGCGAGGGCCAACGUACUCACUCACAUAGUCGCUAUAGCCGCCGGGGAUAGUGUGGGUCCAUCAGUGUUGGAGAUCAUCAACAAUCUGCUGACGAACCUGAGAACUUCAGUUGACAGAGAUUCUGACAAAGACGAGAAGCUCUACCAAGAGGCUCUAAUCAACGCUCUAGGAGAGUUCUCUGACCAUCUGCCAGACUUCCAGAAGAUAGACAUAAUGAUGUUCAUCGUGAGCAAGAUCCCUCAACAACGGGGCAAGGGGAGCAAGCAGGAUGACACUCUGCAGACUAUACUGCUCAAGAGUUUGUUAAAGGUCGGCCUAACCUACCGCACCACAGAACUGAACCGCGCAUUCCCGUUCGCCUUCCUAGAGAGCCUCCUGCGGCUGUCACAGUCGUCUUCCCCGCGGACCAGAGAGUUGUUACAACGUAUAUUACAUACGUUAUUGGACAGACAUGACAACGCGACCAGGCUCGCUAGCCCUGAAAUAAACUACUCCCAGUUGGGUCUGUCAGUAGAGAAGUGUUCGAGAUCCGAUCUGAUCUUCAUCAACAAACACGGCUUCGCUAUCUACAGCUCCUUGUAUGAAGGUCUCCAACUAGAAUCGAACCGCGUGUCCAACAUGUCAUCCAUAUACACGAGCGCGGCGCUCCUGUGUUGCGAGGUGGCGAGCGACGAGUCCGCGCCCGACUUGCUGCAGCUUAUAUUAUCAAUCCAGAACUCGGCGCUUACCAACCCAGUAUUAACCAGAGCACAGAAGUGUCAACUCCAUGCCAUAGUGAUAUCUCUGCUGGCGCUUCUACCGCAUUGUAUGCAUCUGCCGCGGCUGGCCGAGUAUGCGCAGAAGAUAAUCGAGAACCGCAGAGAGGAAGCCUACGAGUUGCUGCCGCCGCUCAGAGAGGAUUAUGGUGAUGUGCAGUCUCCCAACAAACUGCCCUACUUGAUGGUGGAUCAGAUGACAGUGAUAGAGUGCUUGGCGGCGCACGGCGUGGACACGUCCCGGCUGUCCGCGCCCUCGCCCUACGGGGCCGGGGCGCGCCGCCCGCCCGCCAAACAUAGUUGGAUUGAAGCAGGAGCCACCCAGGGCCGGGACAGCCUGGCGGACAUCACGGCGGGCGGCGCGGCGGAGCUGGACAGCGGCAACAGCAGCCCGCAAGCUGCACGGCACCAAAACAACACCGAAGCCAUAUCCCUAGAGUCUUUGCGGCGCGCGGCCGGCGGCCCGACUGAAGCGGAGCGGCGCGAAGCGGAGCGGAAGCGAGGCGAGCUGAACAACACCUUCAGGACUAGGCCCUUCGACCAGCUGUUGCAUGCUACUAUGCCCAAGUACGAGUUGAAAGAGAAGCUAGAAGAAAUAUUCAACAGUAUAUCCGAGUGCCCGCUGCUGCCGGCCGCGUCGCCCAACAAGCCUCCUGCCUUGGAUACAUACUUCCCCGAACUGUUCAUGUAUUGAGGUCAUCGGUGCAUUUUGGAUGAUACCAAUGAUACGGUAUUGGAUUUGGGUUUCAAAGGUUUUCUUUCGGUCGUGGUACUUAACAUCAACCGUACUCCAUUAGCAAUAUAAAUAUUAUUUUGCAAUGAU